CCCAAUUAUAAAUCCCCAAAUAAUUAACACACGGUGCCAAUUGCGAAGAAAGAUUACCUGAUUCUCUCUUGAUUUAGGGUUUGGAGGCGAAGAAGAAGAUGAAGCGGAAAGACCUCUCAUUCGACGACAUGUCGUCUCCGUCAUCCAAGUCCCGGCGACUGGAUGCUAACUUCAUCGGAGCCGUGAACGGAGAUGGAAGUAGUGCAUUCCAGGUGCUUGAUCAAACGCCACCACAGAAUCGGCCUCUGAAGCGAAAAGAAGCGUUCGACGACUUGUCGCCUCAUUUCUCUAAAUCCAGGCGACUGGAUGCUGAUUUGUUUUCGACCAUGGCGGAAGAUCAGAGUGGUGGAAUUGAGGCCUUGGAGCAAAGGCUAGCACAGGAACAGGCCUUGGCAUGCCCCAGUGAGAUGCAGAAAGGGGCUUUGCCGAUGGAGCCGUUGGCAUUGCCUGAGGAAAACGAGAAGGCUCUUGUGAUUUACAACCCUGCGAAUACGUUUUACAAGACUCCUGCUUCCAAGGAUUUCUCUAUCAUUGUGAAUUCGGACUUGAUUCCGGGUUUAAGAGACCAUAUCUUUACACAGGGAAGUUUAAAGUGGUCAAACCCAGUAGAGGCUGAGCAAAGUGACAGAGAAGAUUCAAAUGGCUGUUUGGCUAUUGUUCCUUGGGUUGAAUCUAAUUGGCCUCCAUCCUCAAGUUCAGAGACACAGGCAGCCGGUCUUUCGGAGCCAAUGCAAGCUGAAGAAGUUGAAAUGAUGGACACAGAUGAUAACAGUUCUGAUGGCUCUAAAUCCUCUGAGUUAGGUGGUAUGAUGGAUGGAUCUUUUGAAUUACAACGCUGGCAGCAACAGCAACAACUCCAUUGUAUGGAGCCACAGCUGCUCAAUAACACUAUCACCCCCAUCACUUGGUAGCUAGUAGGCUAGUAGCAGCAUGUUGAACUGCUUUUCCUGGUAGAAGUGUACUCGGAAGAUUGUAUUACCAGUUCCCCGGUUCAUAAUUAAGUUGUUAGUGUUCUUCAACAUUUUGGAGGAGAAUUUUGUUACACAGAGACUUUUACUUGUUCUGUUUUCA